AUGGGUCGUGCAGAGAAAGGAUGCCCUAUUUGCUACCACAAGCUUCCCCGACCCGGAGAGGUGUUGGAACCUUACGAUGAAGAACUCAACUACUUCAUGUGGAUUCCAGGGUUCGAGUGGAAGCCCAAGCGCGUUGUUGAGGAAGAUGCAUAUGACACAGAAGGCUCGGAAGGGGAAGCUGACGAAGACAUGGAAGAGGCUCUGAAGGAGAUGGUAGAGAAUGACGAAAUGAAGCAAAAGUACAAUGAGCGCGCCUCAGGCGGAAAAGUUUCGACGACGGACGCUGCUGUUCUAGCCAGACAGCUUGGCCUUGCCCCAUCCUACGCUGAUGUAGAGAAGUUUGAACAGGAGAAUGGAAGCCAGCUUGACUACUCCACAUUCCAGCAGUUCGCAGCUCAGAGCACCCAUCCUGAAGACAACAUUGAAGACCUAGUCGGCGCGUUCGCCCACUUUGACCCCAAUGGAAGCGGCUCAUUGACUGUGCAACAGAUGCGCAAUAUUCUUAUGACAUUCGGUGAACCUCUCACCAAGGAGGAAAUGGGCGUUGUCGAAUCGAAGUUCUUCAGUGGCACGACAGUUGACUACAGAGAGUUCUGCACGAGGGUUCUCGCUCGCAAUUGA